CCGAAUGGGAUACUAAGGUGUGGGCGGUUGACGAUGCCGUCCGCCUAAAUCAGCCGGGGUACAAAUGCACCGGGAUUCAAUACGUAGUAGCAAAAGAGUGUGACAUAUAUAAACAAGCUUUCUCUUCGCGGAAACGGUCAAAUAUUGCGCUUGUCAAGUCGGAGUACCUCUUUCGAUAUCAAUCCCACCUCUCUGCCCCUUCAAAAUGCACACCCCAACCAUCCUCUCCCUGGUGCUGCUCACCCUAGCAGGAACCUCCCUGCCCGCCGCCCUCGCCGUCCCCCAUCCCCACGCCGCCGCAACAAUCAAAUGCCCCCUAAUCUUCGACGGCCGCAUCAAGAUUCGCACACAACUAACCGACUUUGACAGCUCCGCCACCUCCCUCUUCAACCCGGACAACGUUAAGGGGUCCAGUCUGAAAUGGAGCCAGAUCCUCAAGUUCCCCACCGACCCCAAGGACCUGGGGAGGGGAAGCAGUCGCUUUGAUAAUUGCACUCAUAAACCGGUUGAGGUGACGAUUACGGAUGAGAGUGUUUUCAAGACGCAGUAUGGGUUUCGGAGGGCUGGGUUGAUUUUUAGUGGGGACACAAAUACCGGUAGCCCUGCUUCGAAAGGGGUGAAGACGCUUCAUUUUAGUGUCAGGCAGGAUGGGAAGAGGGGGUUGAAUUUGACGCAUGAGUAUCUUAACGUCUGGCACGAAACCUCCGACUGGUCAGCCAACCAAUUCAACUUCCAAGCCGGCACCAUCAUCGGCCAGGAAGGCAGCCUUCCCAAAAACACGUUCAAGAUCAUGAGCCGGGAGAACAAGCUGAUCUGGUCGACGCCUAUUGAGAAGAAGGAGUGGCAGAAUUUUGCUAUUACGUUGGAUUUUAACACAAACACACUACAAGUCUACUAUUCCAAGGGUGAUGAGCCUUUGCGCAGUGUUAUCAAGCCAGUGCCGAAUAAUAAUGCAGGAGAGGGCCAAUAUCAGAUUGGUAUCCUGAAGAAACCUACUGGCACUGAGGAUGUGGUGAACUCGGGGUAUCAGGAGAGUGGUAUUGAUGAAGGACAGAUUUAUGGCGGGAUUUUCAUUGAGGAUAGUGCGGGUGGGUGUAUUUCUUUGUAGGUCUUGGAGGGACAGGAUGAACAAGUAAUAGGGGAGGAUGGACGUCCGGGAGAAAAUAUCGGUUCUGGAGUAGGUAUUGCAAUGGUAGGGUUUUCAUGUCCUUCUAUCUCACUCCCAAUACUCGGAAUACC